AUGGAAAAUUUAUAUCUAUUCGAAAUUUUAGUGAAAAGUUUUACAUUUGAACCACUGGACCCUUUCCCUGAAAGAGAAUUCGUCAAAGUAGAAGUAACCUUUUCCGAUUUUGUUUUGGAAAUUGAACCUACUGGAGCUGAAAACUGGCCGGAAGAAAGUGGUGGGCAUUUAAUUUACAAUUUUGGAAAAUCAAUAAUUUUUCCGAGCAGACCUUCAAAACUAAUCCAACAAUCACAAAUACCGAUGGAACUUAUUGUAACCGAUCCGUUUAGAUCUUUGGGGCAAAUUAAAAUACCAUGGGUUAAUUUUGGUAAAAUGUUGAAUACAAAGACCAUUCAAGAAGUUGAGCCCUGUAAAAUUGAAGGAGAGUUUAAUUUAGUUGUUAAGGAUAUUACUUGUGCUACAAUUAAUGUGUUUAUUCGGCUUUCGGUGUAUGGACAAUACAUUGAAAGCAAAUUCUUUAUUAAACAGGAUGUUUUUACCAAUCAAACUGAUUAUUGCUUCAAAAAUCCUAAUAUUUCCAAGGCAGUCGUUUGUAAAAAGGUACAUUCUGAAGACUGUCCUAUAAAUACAAAAGUAUUUAAAGACCGUUUAAAUAAGUUCGAUACUAAACAAGAUAAUGUCUCAUGGGAGGCCCUUUUUAAAACUAAUCUGGAGGGAAGAUUCAGUAUGACAAAUCCCGAAUUUGGACGUUUUAUCUCCGCUGUUAGCGCAGUUAGUAUGAUAAAUAUGGGCGAAAAACCCAACGAAAAAACAGUUAAAGAAAUCUGUGAAAUUAUACAAAGAGUAAUUUUUGACCUGGAUAAAGAAGAAAACCCCGAUAUUGAUGUUUUAACGUUGGAAAAAAUCCAGCAAAAUCUAUGUGGAAAUAGGGAUUGCGAAUGGGUUAAAAAAUUUGAAGAAAUAGGAAUUAAAUUUGAUAAAAAUAAGUAUGUUGAGCCUUGUAAUGGACCGAAUGAUCAACCUAGAAAUUAUGGCCUUAGCAAAAGUUUUGGCAUGUUUGAAUUGUAUGGUCCUGAAAGUAAAUACAGAAGACCUAAAAGGAUAAACGAUUCUUUUAGUAGACCUGAUAAAUACUGUUAA